AUGUUACACCCCAACCUACCUUCAACUAUGGAUAAAGGAGCUUCACCUCUUCCUCCUCAGCCUCCUGGUGUUAGAGAACAUGGGACACCGCCACCUCAGCCUCCUCCCCUUCCUCCUCCCAUGAAGCGUGGAAUAACCAAACUGGUUCUUCCAAGUGGUCAUGCACGAAGAAAGCGUUGCCUUCCUUUAGAUCCAAUGUAUGGAUCAAACCCUGAAAAAUUUGGACUGUUAUCCCAGAUUGAUCUUAGGAGAGCCCUUAACCUAGAAAUUAUGCUCACAAAACUACAUAUGCCGCUGGCUGUAGUUCUUGCACUGGAUGAAACUGUACUAGAUGUUGAUCAAAUAGAAAAUCUUAUAAAAUUUUGCCCAACCAAGGUGGAGAUGGAGCUUCUUGAGGUAUUUGCUUCACAAAAGUUAAAAGAAGUUAUGAAAGAGAUUAUGUACCUGGAAAACACAUUAAUAAAUCAAGAAAAUACAAUUAAUGCUGCUGCGGUUGGGUUCAAGCUGAAAAGUUUCUUAAAAUUAAAAAAUACACAUGGUACUAACAGUAACAUGUCUCUAAUGCAUUAUCUUUGCAAGGAACUUGCUGCUAAGGCACCGGUUCUACUUGACUUUUAUAAGGAUCUUGAAAGUCUUGAAUCAGCUUCAGAGAUAACAUUGGAGUCUCUAGUUAAGAAAAUGCAAGCGAUAGAUAAGGGGUUGAACAAAGUUGAAAAAGAGCUCGUUGCAUCUGAAAGUGAUGGUCCUGUUUCUGAAGUCUUCCGUAAAGGAAGAAAAGUUGAUGCACUUUUGGUUUAUUUUGGUGAAAAUCCUAACCGUUGUCCAUUUGAACAAGUUAUUAGAACACUCUUCAGUUUUAUAAACUCGUUUAAGAAAGCACACGAAGACAACAUUAAGCAAGAGUUAGAGAAUGAGAAAGCCUCUAAGGAAGUGUUGGCUUUAAAUUCUUGA